AUGGACGACUCAUAUGCAAUAGCUACUCCCAAUAAUGAAAUUUACAAUCAAUUGUAUGCAGAGGUUAGUGUUUUAUCAGAAUAAAAUUAGUAAAAAGUAGAAUUUCAGUUCAAUCCUCAAGGACUCCCAAGAAUUGGGGCGGCCGAAGCUGCAAACUUUUUGAAAAAAUCGAAUCUUCCGAUGCCUUCUCUUGGACAAAUUUGGGAAUUGAGUGAUUCAACAAAACAAGGAUCAUUAGAUAAAAGAGGAGCAUUUGUUGCAUUCAAAUUAGUAGCUGCAGCUCAACAAGGAAAACAAAUAUCGAAUUCAGCAUUGUAUGAUGGUUCAAUCGCUCCACCAAAAUUCGGAGCUCCAAUUCCUCCAAUCAAUCAACAACAUCAUUUUCAACCAUCAUUUCCUUCUGUUGGAAGAGCUCCUCCAAUUCCACCAGCUCCACAUAAUCAUAUAUCUCAUUCUCCAAUUCAUAAUGGUUUCCCAGCAAAUUGGCCAAUCACAGAAGCCGAUCAAAAUAAAUAUGAUUCAAUUUUUCAAUCAUUGAAUCCAAUAAACGGAAAACUAUCUGGAGCAAGUGUUCGUCCGGUUUUAAUUAAUUCAGGACUUGAUCCAGUUUCACUUGCAAGAAUUUGGGAAUUAUCUGACCAAGAUAAAGAUGGAUGUUUGGAUCGAAUCGAAAUGACAAUUGCUCUUCAUUUGGUUUAUCGAGCACUUCAAAGUGAACCAAUUCCUGCUCAACUUCCACCAAAUCUAAUUCAUCCAAGUAAAGUUGGUCUUCCUCAAUCUACACUUCCAUAUGCACCAAGACCUUCAUUAGGAAGUCGAGCUGGUUCAGUUACUUCUCUUGAUGAAGUUAAUAUGCAUUCAUCACUUCAUAGAGCUGCUCCACCACCGCCAAGAGCACAUUCAGCAGUUGUAAGUUAUAAUCUACAUUUUUGAUGAAUAUUUUUUUAUUUUCCAGCACUAUAAUGGAAGUGGAGCUUCAACUCCCGUCUCAGCCAGUUUUCCAGGUAAUUUUUUAAAGAAUAAAGAUUCCGUUUCUCAUUUUAGCGUGAACUUCCACGUGAAAUUUGAAAAUAAUUUCAUUUUUUCUCAAAUAUAUAUUUAUUUUUUUAGUUUCUCCAUCUCAUGGUUCAUUGAAUACAUCUUGGCCUGUCAACACAUCAGAAUUUGCUGCUCAAUUUUCUCAAUGCGAUACAAAUUCAGAUGGUCUUGUUGAUGGUCAAGAUAUUCGUGCACCACUUCUCUCAACUGGUUUGAAUGCUCCAAUUCUUGCUCAAAUUUGGGCAUUAGUUGAUAUAAAAAAAUGCGGCCAAUUGAAUCUCGAACAAUUCUCAUUGUGUAUGUAUCUUAUCGAAUUGGCGAAACGUGGUGAAAUUGUACCAAAUGAAUUGCCGAUUCAUUUGAUUCCUCCAUCUUUCCGAGAACAUGCUCCAUUAGUAAAUAAUCGAAGUAUUCCAACAAAUCAAGGAGUAAGUGUUUCAACACCACAAUUGGCUGAAGCAACAAGUAUGGAAAUAAAAGAAGCUCUUGAAGGAGAUAAUGAAGAAAUGAAACAAUUGGCUGAAUCGAUUCAGACUAUGCUUAUUGAUCGAACGUUAGUUUUUUAUUGAAGUUUCGAAAAAAUUUGUGAGAUUUUCAGAAAAAUUGAAGAGAAUGUUCUUCAAUUGGAAACUGAUAUGGAUGCGAAAAAUUCGAGAAUUAAAAAUCUGCAGAUUGAAUUACAAACUUUAGAAAGUACUGUAAAACAACUCGAAAGACAAAAAACAGAAGCAACUCGAAGAUUGAAUGAUUAUGAUAAUCAAAUACAACAACUUGAAGCUGCUUGUCAAGCACAAAGAGAAAAGAAAGAAGAAACUGAGAAACGAAUGAAACAAAUUGAAGAAGAUUCGAAAAAUGCUGAAGAAAGUGCUAACGUUAGUUUAUUUCAUUUAUAAUUUUUAAAAUUUUCAAAAAUGUUUUAUAGGUUGAUCAAAAAGAAAUGGAGGAAUUGAGAAAAGAAAUUGCUGAACUUGAAAUUAGCCAAAAUUCAAUUCGCGCAGAAAUUCAAAAAAGAAGAAUUUGA